AUGAGUGUCUGUACUCAUAUCAACAAGUUAAAAGUAGAAAAGAUUGCCAAUUUGGCAAACAAUGUUAAAAAAAUUGACUUUUGUCAAUCUAACAUUCAUAGCAACAAAACUUUAAAUGUGAAACAAUCUAGUGAUAUUUGGAUUUGCUUAGAUUGUGGCAAUUAAGCAUGUUCAAAAUACUCAGAAAGUGCAUGUGCACAAAAACACUGUGUAGAGUAGAAGCAUAGAUUAGCAAUUGGAGUAAAGAAAUUACUCAUAUUUUGUUUUGAGUGCGAUAAUGAUUUACAAUCUAUAUUGGAUGAAUUAGAAGUAGAUAAUGUAUCCAAUAACAAUACCAAAAAGCUAGAAACAUUCGUAGAUAAAGUGAAGCAAAUUUUCUUUAAAUUGUAGCAAACAACUAAUAAAUCAAGCAAUAUCUCAGCUAACAAUAGUAGCUAACAAACUGUAAAGAUUGUAGACUAAAAAUAACAAAACAAUGCCUUAAAUCAACCUUAAAAAUUAGAAAAAAUACCUAAUUGCAUUUUUGGACUUUAGAACAUAGGGAAUACAUGCUUUUUCAACUCAGUCAUUCAAUGUCUAAAUGGAACAGAAUUAAUCAUAUAAAAUUACAUAGACUCUAUUGAGUAUGAUUUCGAUUAAUAAAUAGAUGUUUGGGAAGAGAUAAACAACGAAGAAAAAGAAUAAACUUCAGUCUAAGAAAAGAAAGACGAAGAUGAUGGAUGGAAUUGUGUUAAAAAGAAAGAUGUGAAGAAGAUUACUGUCAUAGAUAAUAGUAAAUACACAUAAAUACCUGCUAAAAAAAUAAAUUAGCUUUUCAAAAAAUUACUUGUAGAAGCUAGGUUAACUAAAAAUCACAUAUUUAAUCCAUAAAGUAUGUAUAAUGCUAUUUCUUAAUAGUUUUCUAGAUUCAAAACAUUUGAGCAAUAAGAUGCUCACGAUCUUUUAAGAUGUUUACUCGAUAGUUUAAUUGUUGGAGAAGAAAAGUGGCAAAAUGUUAAAAAGAGUAUUGAGAAAAAAAUAGGAAAAUAGAAAAAUACAAUAACUGAAAAUAUAUUUGGUGGAUAUUUGGCUAAUUAUCUUAAAUGUUUAGAGUGCAAUCAUGUCAGUAGAACUUUUGAUUUUUGCUUAGAUUUAGCUCUUCCAAUUGUUUCUAAGAAAAGCUAAUAAGCACAAUAAAAAAAGAUAGUUGCUCCUCUUGAUAUUCUUGGUAUUGAAGAAGAAAAAAAAGAAAAUAAUGUUUAGUCAGCCACUUAAAAUCAGAUUGCAAAAUAAAAUGAGGAAUCAAAGUAACAGAACCAAGAAAAACCUAUUGAGAAAUAAUAAAUUUAUCAGGUUAUAGAUAGUAAAGAACUCACUGGUUCAAAAGUUCCAUAUUUUUCUUAGGAAACUCCUUAGUAUAUGUGGGAACCAUUAGAAUAUACCUCUAAAAUUCAAGAGAACAAUUCUCAAAUUAGAAAAUUGGAGAAUCUUCUUGAUGAAUUCUUUGGAUUUGAAGUUUUAAACAAAACAAACAACUACUAUAAAUGUGAAAAAUGCGGCUAGUCCUCCAAAGCAAUGAAGAAAUUUUACCUAUAUGAAACCCCUUAAGUUCUCACAUUAGUCUUAAAGAGAUUUGUCUAAACUGGAAACAACAGAUUUGAAAAGAUCAAUUUUCAUGUUGAUAUUCCAGAAUUUAUAAAUGUUGAUCCAUAUACACUUAUUAAAAGCACUAGUAAUUAGUAAUUAAAUGAAGAAAAUACUAAGAAAUUUAGAAAAAACAUUAAUUAUGAGCUAUAUGGUACUGUUUGCCAUUAGGGCUCUCUAACUUAAGGUCAUUAUGUAUCUUAUGUCAAACAUUUUGCAAAUGGAGAACCUCAUUGGUUCUAUUAUAGCGAUGAAGAGUAUCAUGAAACAAAUUGGAAUAAUGUGAAAGGAUGCUAAGCAUAUAUACUUUUUUAUAAAAAAAUAUCAUCUAGCUGA